GUAUACAAUACAACAUUCACAUUUCCCUGCAUUUACAACUCAGCCAGACUCCAACACGCAACCCCGCCUUCCCCGUCUCCGAUCACCUUUUUCCCCCGUUCCCCACUCCAGUGCCUGAAUCUGUUGCAUUUCUCCUCUCAGAAUCUGCAAAUCUGACAAAAAAUGUCACAAGGAGACACAAUACCUCUUAACUCCACAUCCCAAUCGGACAUUGAUGAAAUCGAAAACCUCAUCUAUUCCCAUCCUUCUACUGUCCUUCCAGCUCGCCCUCCUUCUCCUCCUCGUGCUGCCAUCCCUGUUUCUUCUUCUCCUUUCAUGCCUUCCAAUCUCCGCCCUCCACCUCCCCCUACCGCCAAUCAGAAGCCGACACAUGUCCCUUCCGUUCCCGCUCCGCCUCCGCUUCCUUCAUCAGCUGGACAGUCGAAUAUAACCGCUACGGGAUUCGGAUCUCCGCCCAAUACGCUUACCGAGCCCGUUUGGGACACCGUCAAAAGAGAUCUGUCCAGAAUUGUUAGCAAUUUGAAGUUGGUGGUUUUCCCUAAUCCCUAUAGAGAAGAUCCGGGGAAAGCGCUUCGAGAUUGGGAUCUCUGGGGUCCUUUCUUCUUCAUUGUCUUCCUUGGUCUCACUUUGUCCUGGUCUGCUUCUGUUAAAAAGUCUGAGGUUUUUGCUGUUGCAUUCGCUCUGCUUGCCGCUGGUGCUGUCGUUCUGACAUUGAAUGUCCUGUUGCUGGGCGGUCAUAUAAUCUUUUUCCAAAGUCUCAGUCUGCUGGGUUACUGUCUAUUCCCACUUGAUGUUGGUGCCCUUAUUUGCAUGCUAAAGGACAAUGUGAUCUUGAAGGUGGUUGUGGUAUGUGUUGCACUAGCUUGGAGCUCUUGGGCUGCAUACCCCUUCAUGAGUACCGCUGUGAACCCUAGGAGGAAAGCUCUUGCCCUGUAUCCUGUAGUACUCAUGUAUGUAUCUGUUGGAUUUCUCAUUAUUGCCAUUGAUUGAUGUCAGUCAUACCUAUUAUAUUAAAGUUGUAUCCAGCUUGAUAGAAGGACAUUGAAGUGGGGAUAUAAUGUGUUGGACAUUUUGAUUACCUCAAGAAAUUUUGUUGAUAUUUUUGGUACUGUAUAUCUCACACUUUGUAUUGCUGUCCAAGAAAUGUCAUAUACAUCUAGCUAUGUCUGGUGUUAUCUUGUAAGGUUGAAAUACAGUCUUCACUGUAAAAGAGAUCUGUUAUCAGUAUGCCUUGACAAAGAGAUGUAUUAAUGGUCUCUGUAUUUCACUAUUUCAUGGAUGUCAAUGCCUUUGAGCACUAUGGUUAUGUACUAGUGUCGUUAGUGCAA